AUGAACAGCCUCUCACCUUCUGCAGCUGUGCAGCUCUGCUACGAGAACGUGAACGGAUCCUGCGUGAAAGCCCCCUACUCGCCUGGCUCCCGGCUGGUUCUGUACACAGUGUUUGGCUGUGGGGCUCUGCUGGCCAUGCUGGGCAACCUCCUGGUGAUGAUUGCCAUCCUUCACUUCAAGCAGCUGCACUCGCCCACCAACUUCCUCAUCGCCUCUCUGGCCUGCGCUGACUUUCUGGUGGGAGUGACUGUGAUGCCCUUCAGCAUGGUCAGGUCCGUGGAGAGCUGCUGGUACUUUGGGCGAAGCUUCUGUACUUUCCACACGUGCUGUGAUGUGGCCUUUUGUUACUCGUCUCUCUUCCACCUGUGCUUCAUCUCCAUCGACAGGUACAUGGCUGUCACCGACCCUCUGGUCUAUCCCACCAAGUUCACGGUGUCUGUGUCAGGGCUAUGCAUCAGCAUCUCCUGGGUCCUGCCCCUUGUGUACAGCGGUGCUGUGUUCUUCACAGGUGCCUAUGAUGAUGGGCUGGAAGAAUUAUCUAGUGCUGUUAACUGUCUAGGGUGUCAGACAGUUGUAAAUCAAAACUGGGUGUUGAUAGAUUUUCUAUCCUUCUUUAUACCUACUCUUGUUAUGAUCAUUCUCUAUAGUAAUAUUUUUCUUGUGGCUAGACAACAGGAAAAGAUUGAAAAUACUGGUGGCAAAACAGAAUCAUCUUCAGACAGUUACAAAUCCAGAGUGGCCAAGCGAGAGAGAAAAGCAGCUAAAACCCUGAGUAUCACAGUCAUAACAUUUAUGAUUUCAUGGAUACCCUAUAGUAUUGACUCAUUAAUCGAUGCCUUUAUGGGCUUCAUAACCCCUGCCUAUAUUUAUGAGAUUUGCUGUUGGUGUGCUUAUUAUAACUCAGCCAUAAAUCCCUUGAUUUAUGCUUUAUUUUACCCAUGGUUUAGGAAAGCCAUAAAAAUUGUUCUGAGUGGUCAAAUUUUUAAGAAUGAUUCUGCAAGCAUGAAUUUAUUCUCUGGACAAAUGUAA